AUGGCUGCCAGUAGCAUUUGCCUGCCAAAUGAUUCUGGUUUCUUCAGAGAGGGCGAGAAGCCAGACUCAAACUCUGGAGAUCUGGGUACGGCCUCUGGGCUGGAGAAUCACAGUUCCUUACUACUGGUGGACCCCAAGAGCGCUCUCCAUGAAAAUUGCAGAAUGCAACCUGGCUACUCUGCAAAGCACUACCUGUCCAGCUGGUCAGUUAACUUGGAUAAGAAAACUUUGAAUAAGCUGAAAGAUGCAGUCCAUAUGAGUGACAACACACACUUCAAGAACCAACCAGAGGAUCAGCACUUGUAUCAACCUCUAUAUGAAGAUCUUUCAGUUGCACCCAAACCUCUGAGAGUGCACCUCCCUCGAGUCAGCCUGCUGGACUAUGUGGAUCUGGCAGAAGGGGGUAAUCCAUACACUUCAGAAAAGUUUCAGUUUCACCCAGACAAUGGAGCUUUGAGUCAAAGUAUCAACAGCCACCAUGGCCUGCUCCUGAACACUGAGGGCUUUGGAACGGAGGGUUCAUCCAAUGAACAGGAAAUAAGAAAACAGGCUGGUUCACAUACUAAAAAUAAACAUAGAGACAUCCUCAGGAAAGGCCUUUCGGACAGACUUUCUCCAGGACCUGUUAUAUACACACAGUGGAAUCAUACAGAAGACAACAAGAACUUUGCAUCUUUCUAUGGGGGCUGUCUCAGAGGUAGCAGAAGAGCUAUUUCAGUUAGACUUCCUCCUCUGCUGAGACCAAGAGACAGUUCACCUGAGGGCCGUCCGGGAGUUUCUGUUGAAAAGGGAAAGGACUGUGGGACCUCCUCCAGACACAACAAUGACAAAUGGAAUAGUUCAGGUGAAAGUUAUAAACUGCACACAGUGGAAAAAUAUGAACACGGUGAAUCUGCCAGUAUCUACAAAGACUGUGGACCGUACAUUGAAAUCCCAGAUUCCCUGAGGGAGGCUGUCUGCGCCCACCACGAGCAACUCUCCAAUAGCCAGGGUAAUUACGCUUCUGUCCUUUUAUUUUUCAGGUUUGCAUCCUCUACCUAUUCCACCCUUGAGGGAUUAUAUGUUUUCUCUAGAGGUCUCUCCGCUACCAGCCCAAUUAACGAUCUAACAAGCUAUUCUUAUAGCCUGGGCUCCUGCCCUGUGAACUGGUAA